AUGUUGUUCGCUUCUACAGUGCUGUUCAUCACUCUAGCAACUCGUGAGGCUUAUGGCUCUGGUAAUAAAGAUACAUUCGAGGCCAUCAAUAAGAAAUACAAUACACACCUGAAGUGGGAUGAUGACUUGGCGGCCAAGGCAAUGGUGGAAGCUGUUCCGUCAUAUUACAGAUUAUUAUGGAAUGCCGGCGACUAUCUUGCGAUCAGAAAUGACAAGAUGUUUACGAAGAAGUAUGUAGGACCUCUGGAGGAAAAAGUGCGCCUGAUCCUGCUGAACCCUUUCAAAAAGAAUGCAGAUAAACUUCGCCAACUUCCCGAAGGAACAACCUACGGAUGUAAUGGAUAUUUCGACACUGAGACGAUGCCAAACGACGACUGGCUUUAUGUCGCCUGUGUCUACAAAACCCCCAAUUGA